GGGAAGGACAACACCCACUCCCAGCCUGACAACAAUAACCGAAAGGAGCCAAUAAUGCUUUUCUUUUCCUAGAUGAGGCGGGUAGUAUGUCUACUCUUUUUUAUAACAGAACUUCCUUCUCAAAGGGCCAUUCCAACUCCCUGCUUAUCAUAUUCUGAUGAUUUGGUAUUAGCAACCAACGUGACUCUCCCCAUUUAAAAAUCCUCAGGUUGCACACUAAAAAGAGAGAACCAGGAAUUCAAGUGGUCAUUUUGUCACAAGGGUGCCAUGGCUGUGGCUGAUGGGAAUCCCAUCCAAGAUCUCUGUGCAGAAGUGACGUGCCCCAUCUGCCUGGACUAUUUCAACAAGCCAGUGACCAUUGUGGAGUGUGGGCACAAUUUCUGCCAAGACUGCCUGACCCAGUGCUGGGAGGGCUUUCAGGGCUAUGCCACAUGCCCACAGUGUCGAAGGCUCUUCCAGCAAAAGAGCCUCAUGCCCAAUCGACAGCUAGCGAACUUUGUAGGGAUUGUCAAGAAGUUCAGAAUUCAGGAGGUCAAAAAACAGGAGAAAGCCUGUAAGAAACACCAGGAGCCCCUAAAACUCUUCUGUCGGGAUGAUGAAACCCCCAUCUGUGUGGUCUGUGACAGAUCCAAGGAGCAUCACUGCCACAUGGUGAUUCCUGUUGAGGAGGCUGCCCAGGAGUACAAGGAUCAAAUCUGCUGCUGCCUAAAGAAACUGAGGCAAGCAAGAGAGAAAAUGCUGAGGUAUAAGGCAAGUGCUGAAGAGGAAAAACGAGAUCUUCUUAUACACAACAAAAGCAGAACGGGAGAAAACUCGGGCUGAGUUCAAAAAACUUUGCCAGUUUCUGGAGGAACAAGAGAAACAUUGUGGUUCAGAUAGAGGAAGUGGGAAGGAGAUUGCAAUGAAAAUGGAG